AUGACAGAUCACCAGGAUUUUAUGAAAGAAGCAUUAAAUAUGGCAGAAAUUGCUUUAAAGAACAAUGAAAUUCCAGUUGGCUGUGUUUUUGUGCAUAAAAAUAAGAUGAUCGCUAAAGAAAUGAAUAAUACUAAUAAAAGUUUUAAUGGGAUUUUUCACUGUGAAAUAAUAGCUAUUAAUAAUAUUUUAAAGGAUUAUCCAAGCACAAUUUUUGAAGAAACGGAUCUUUAUGUCACUGUGGAGCCAUGUAUCAUGUGUGCUUCUGCACUAAGACAACUUCAUAUUCGUUCUGUAUAUUUUGGCUGUGCAAAUGAGAGAUUUGGAGGUACUGGAAGUGUUCUUAGACUCCAUGAUGAUAAAGGUGUUGAUCCAACGUAUCCUGUUUUUCCUGGGAACUAUAGAAAAGAGGCUAUUUUUCUUUUAAGGCAGUUUUAUUUACAAGAAAAUAAAAGAGCACCAAAGCCAAAAUCAAAAAAGAACAGAGUGAUGAAAUAUGAUCUGCCUUAUUUAGAUUUAAGUCGUUAUGAAUCUCGAAUUCAUAUUAUUUUAAGUGAAAAAUUAAUUCUUUUGGUCCCACAGGGGUAAUUUGCUGUCUUUUAUA